AUGCGGGAAGAAUCUGGUGGAGGUGCGCGACUUGGAGGCCGGCGGGAGCGCAGAGGCAGAGGAUGUGGGACUGAGAGGCAGCGUAGAGGAGGAGCCGGACGAGGCUCGAUUCCGAUGCAGAGGAGGCACGGGAGUGGCUCGUCUAGUGAGCGACUUGGAGGCCGGAGGAAGCGCAGAGGAUGUGGGACUGAUAGGCGGCGCGGAGGAGGAGCCAGACGAGACUCGAUUACGAUGCAGAGGAGGCACGGGCUGGCUCGCCUAGUGCACGACUUGGAGGCUGGAGGCCGGGAGCACAGAGGAUGUGGGACUAAGAGGCGGCGCGGAGGAGGAGCGACAGGUGGCUUGAAGGAGACGCGGAAGAGAUUGUAG